UAUUGUCAUUGUCAAUGUCCGAGAUCGCGAUCUCGAAUUUUGCUUCUUUUGUACAUUCAUGAAUCAUAACUUAAUAUUUCUAGUUUAACUUAGGAAGUAACUAACCAGGAACAUGGAACUACCAGAUACUUAUUACAAUAAAUCAGAAUAUGUCGAAACUGCUUCAGGUAAUAAAGUAAGCAGGCAAACUGUACUGUGUGGAUCCCAGAACAUUGUACUACAUGGAAAAGUGAUAGUUCAGAGUGAUGCUAUAAUCAGAGGAGACUUGGCUAAUGUGAAAACUGGAAGAUUUUGUAUAAUAAGCAAAGGCUCCGUCAUACGACCUCCUUUCAAGAAAUUCAGUAAAGGUGUGGCCUUCUUCCCUUUACAAAUGGGUGACCAUGUUUUUGUGGGUGAACAUACAGUUGUAAAUGCUGCUGUUGUUGGCUCAUAUGUCUACAUCGGAAAGAAUGUUGUUAUUGGCCGGAGAUGUGUGCUUAAAGACUGCUGUAUGAUAGAAGAUAACUCAGUACUACCUGCUGAGACUGUGGUACCCUCAUUUGCAAGAUACUCCGGCAGUCCUGCCAAACUCAUAUCAACAUUACCUGAAGCUAUGCCUGAUCUCAUGACAGAAUUCACCAAGAGCUACUAUCAGCAUUUUCUACCAACUACAGUGCAAUAAACUGCUAACAAAAAUUUUGCAUUUAAAACAGCUUAUUAACUUUAUUUUCACUGUCAUGUUUACAUAGUAAUUUUAAGGAAGUAUUUAUUAAGAUAAUAAAAUUAUAAACUAAUUCUUUAA